AGACACUUAAGAACAAAUUCUUUUCCUACUUGAGCUUGCUUAGCACCAUUGUUCCUUCCCUUGCUCUCUUAAUGCUGAGAUUCAAUCUUGUCUCUCCUUACCCUCUUUAGCACACUUUGUGAAGCAUCAGAGAAUCUACACGGGAGAGAAAGCAUACAAAUGCCAGCAGUGUGGGAAAAGUUUUGCUCACAGGUCAUUAUUUGUAAUGCACCAGAGAGUUCACACAGGAGAGAAACCAUACAAAUGCCAGCAGUGUGAGAAAUGUUUUGCUCGCAACACACAACUUGUUUAUCACAGGAAUGUCCACACAGGACAGGGUCCAUUCCAAUGCCAGCAGUGUGGGAAAUGUUUUGCUUAUAAGUCACUUCUUGUAAGACAUCAGAGAGUCCACACAGGAGAGAAACUAUACAAAUGCCAGCAAUGUGGGAAAUGUUUUGCUAACAGGUCUACCCUUGUGAAUCAUCAGAGAGGCCACACAGGAGAGAAGCCAUACAAAUGUCAGCAUUGCGGAAAAUAUUUUACUCAGAAGUCACAGCUUAAGAUACACCAGAGAAUCCACACAGGAGAGAAGCCAUACAAAUGCCAGCAAUGUGGGAAAUGUUUUGCUCAGAAGUCACAACUUAACAAACACCAGAGAGUCCACACAGGAGAGAAACCACAUAAAUGCCAGCAGUGUGGAAAAAUUUUUGUUAGGAAGUCAAACCUUGUGAAACAUCAGACAGUCCAUACAGGAGAGAAACCAUACAAAUGUCAGCCCUGUGGGGAACACUUUGCUCAGAAGUCAAGUUUUCUGGUUCAUCAAAGAGUUCACAAAGGAGAGAAACCAUAUAAAUGCCAGCAGUGUGGGAAAAGCUUUGCUCAGCUGUCAAGCUUUCUGGCUCAUCAGAGAAUCCAUGCAGGAGAGAAACCAUACAAAUGCCAACACUGUGGAAAAUGCUUGGCUGACAAGUCAUACCUUGUCAUGCAUCAGAGGGUCCACACAGGAGAGAAACCAUACAAAUGCCAGCAGUGUGGGAAAUGUUUUGCUUGGAAGGCAGUCUUUCGGCAUCACCUGAGUGUCCACAGAGGAGAUAAACCAUACAAAUGCCAGCAGUGUGGGAAAUGUUUUGCUUACAAGUCAGUUCUUGUGAAUCAUCAGAGAGUCCACACAGGAGAAAAACCAUACAAAUGCCAACACUGUGGGAAAUGUUUUGCUGACAAGUCCCAGCUU